AUUAGUGUCAUUGCGACAUCACACGUAAAAGGAAAAUCCGUAAACCAUAAUAAUUUGUGCGAAACAGUUGUUUAAGCUCCAAAAAAUAAUAAAAUACGGAUAUAAAACCCUUAAAAAAUGGCUUCAAUACCGCUAAUGUAUGCUCAGGAAGAUUGUGAGUUAGGAGGAAAGGAAUCCAUCGAGGAUGAUUUUGCCUACCGCAACAAUGUGGCCAAUGCAGAUAAAGAGAUCCGUCUGGGAUUUGUCCGCAAAGUGUACGGUUUACUCUCGGUGCAACUGUUGGCUACGGUUGCCAUUGCUGGAACAUUCCAUCUAGUUGAACCUGUCAAGGUCUUCAUACACCAAAAUGACUGGAUGGUGAUAAUAGCGUUUAUAUUGAGCAUGGUCACGCUAUUCGCACUCAUCGCUAAAAGAAGGGACUCGCCCGCUAACCUCUACCUGCUAGCAGCUUUUACGGUGGUACAAGCGUACUCAGUGGGCGUGGUGGUCUCGUACUACAACACGGCCGUGGUGCUACAAGCCCUGACUCUGACCUUCGCAGUGGUCUUCUCCCUCACAGUCUUCACACUCAACACAAAGACAGACUUCUCUUUCAUCGGUUAUGGUCUAUUCGCUGGUCUUAUGGUGCUCAUCAUAGGCGGUAUCCUACAACUAUUCAUCCAAAGCUCAGGGUUCGAAAUUGCCCUGUCCUUCGUCGGUGCUAUCUUGUUAAGCCUCUUCCUAAUCUUCGACACACAGAUGAUGAUGACGACCUUGUCUCCAGAAGAGUACAUACUGGCCACUAUCAACCUGUAUCUUGACAUCAUCAACCUCUUCCUCUACAUACUCCGAAUCCUUAACGAGUUGAACAGGAAUUAAAUUCCAAUACCUAUGUAGCAUUUUCUUUUAUAUAUUUAAAGCAUUUUAUUGCACGUUAUAUUCUUGAUGUCUUGCGAACGGCUGUGAAUAUAAAAUUUAUAUAUUUUUUAUUUUCUAUUAAUUUGCAGUAUUUUUAAUUAAGUUUUCUGGCUUCAUUUCUCUGCCGGGUGGUCAGAAUAAGUAAUUCACGGGCCAAAUGAAAUUGAAAGUAUAGUUCCCUGGACUUGUUCCAUGUAAAAUUAUGACAAGCGUAAAAAGUUAGUGAAGACAUCUUACGAUGCAAUAAUUUUCUUAAAACAGUAUUAAAUACUGACAAAGUAUAAAUUUUUUAUUGUCUAUAAAUGAAAUUCUGUAACAUGAAUAUUUAUUACGUUGAUUGAACUCAUGUGCUAUGUAAACAAUUGUAGUAUUGUCUAAGUCUUGUGAUAGUAACUGUAUGUGGACACAGCACUAAUUUGACUAUAUCAGCAUCUAAUUUCGUGGAGCACAACUGUUGAAACAUAAAUUAUAUUAUUAUUAAAUCGAUUUUAAUUAUGUA